AUGCACUCCCAUAUCAGCGGGAAAUAAAAAUGGCGAAUGUAUUAGGGGAGAAUGACCCGUUUGUUAUUUUCUAAACAACAUUUGUAUUGUGUCAUAUUUUGAGAGGAGCAUUUCAAAGAGAUUUACCGAUAUUCGGACAAGACGCCAAUCACCGGUUACGACCGAGUAUUUCAAUAUAUGUGGCAUUUUGACCCUCCUAACUGACCGAAUGAGAGACUCAACGGCAUUAGAGCGGUUGCCGGUCCACCAGCAGAAAGCACAUUCCCUUCGGCAGCAGUGCAAGACGCCAGUGUCCCUGACCAGCGUCCACUCUACCGAGGCUAGACAUGGAGGGGACACGGACACCAAGCUCGGCAACAAGUUUGAAGAGGGACAAGAGGUCCUAGCCCGAUGGUCGGAUGGGCUGUUUUAUUUGGGGACUAUCACGAAGAUAAAUAAGGACAAGCACCGCUGCUUUGUUGUCUUUGAAGAUCGGUCCAAGUCCUGGGUUCUGUGGAAGGACAUUCAGACAGGGGACGAGGGAGGAGAGGACAUGGUCUGCACAAUAUGCCAGGAUGAGUGCUCAGAGGAUCCCAACGAGAUUGUCAUCUGCGACAAGUGUGGACAAGGAUACCACCAGCUCUGCCACUCMCCCAUCAUCGACUCCAGCCUGAUCGACACCGAUGAGAAGUGGCUCUGUAGGGAGUGUGUGUUCGCCACAACAGAGGUGCACCGUGAGUUCAGCAUGCAAGAAGGUCCCAAAGCCCUGCAGGAGCUGAAGCAGUCUCUGCCUUAUUCCCUGGAGGACCUGGUGUGGGACCAGGGACACAAGACCAACAUCCAGCAAUGCUACUGCUACUGUGGAGGCCCUGGAGACUGGUACCUGAAGAUGCUGCAGUGCAACAGGUGUAAGCAGUUCCACGAGGCAUGUAUCCAGUGUUUUAAGACGCCCAUGCUCUAUGGAGACAGGUUCUAUCUAUUUAUUUGCUCAGUUUGCAGUAGUGAACCAGAGUACCUCAAACGACUGCCUCUUAGAUGGGUGGACGUUGCACACCUGAGCCUCUACAACAUGAGUGUGAUUCACAAGAAGAAGUACUUUGAUUCUGAGAUGGAGCUGAUGACYUACAUCAACGACACCUGGGAGCAACUGCAGCUCGGGGAGCUUUCAGCCACUCCUCAGUCGGACCGAUAUGAAAGUAUUUUGGAAGCACUGAAUAGCAACCACAGCAUGUUCAUGUCAGGGAAGGAGAUCAAGAAGAAGAAGCACCUCUUUGGGCUGAGGAUCCGUUUUCCUCCGGGUCCCCAGAGCUCUGACCUGCUGGCCAACAGAGGGGAGCCAGAGAGGGCCUCCAACGAGAUCAAGAUCAAAGGCAGGAAGGCUAUCAAGCCUCUUACUAACACAAGUGAAGUAACCAAUGGCGUGGUGAAGAAGACCAAGAAGAUGAAGAAACAGGGAGGUCACUCCCUGGCGACUCUGGCCAAGCUAAGUCGCUCCAGUGAACUCUUGGCCCAGGAUAUGAAGCCACCACCACCUCUGGAUUCCCAGUCCUUAAGGAGCAGCAGGAGUGACAGAUCUGUUCCCUCCUCCAGUACCUCCGAGAUGGAAUCCAUCAGUGCCGUCCGCACCACUGAAACUACCUCAACUAGCCUCUCCAGACAGUCCAGCUUGUGUAGCUCCAGUAAGACGUUCACGGGUCGCCACUGGCCCAUCUCCCAGCCCCCCCUGAAGAGGAGACGGGGCCGGCCACGUCGGGCCCCCCUCCAGCCUCCCAACCCUGAGAUCCCCCCUCCUCACCAGCCAGACCCCCACCACCUCCCAGAGCUCCCCAACCCCCUGCUGGGGCUCCACUCCACGGACAUAGUGCACGGGCUGGGCCAAGGUGGUCAGCUGUCCCACCUGAAGAGCUCAAUCAGUAGCUACUUUGGGGUGGCAGGCCGCCUGGAGUGCGGGGAGAAGUACCGCAUCCUAGCUCGCCGGGUCACCCUGGACGGCAAGGUUCAAUACCUGGUGGAGUGGGAGGGUGUCACUGCCUCCUAAACUUGUCAUAUCGCUUAUGUAUCGCUUAACAUGUUUACACAGCGUUUAUAAAGCAUUAUAAACUGGGUGGUUCUGAAUGCUGAUUGGCUGAAAGCUGUGGUAUAUCAGGCCGUAUACCACGGGUAUGAC